AUGCUCCAUGCGCGUUGCAAUGGCACAUUUCUGUACCGAUGGUUGCCAUGGCUCCUGGGCCACAACGGCUUCAGCCGUGGAGCAAAGAUUAAGGCGAUCAAGAGCGUGCAAACCCUCUAUGACCGGAAGAAGCAAAAGUUCCACCGGGAGGCCUUUGAGACGUCGACGGAUCCCAUCAUUCAGUCUCAGAUGUACACACCGGAGGCACUUAAGACGAUGAACUUGAGCAGACUCUGCCACUACCUCGUGUCCUUUGGGCUUCAGACUCCUGAGUUGAUGGACAGAUACGCGGCAAGGGCUGAAGAGUUGGCUGCUAGCUUGGACUCAGAACAGUUCGCCUUAAUCCUCAAUGCAAUGAGUCGAGCCUCUCAUCGUCACGACGGAAUGCUGCAAAGCUUCAGCAAGCGGAUGCUCCCCAAGUUGCCAUUGUUCAUCCCCCGAGAUUUGGCACGUGUGUGCCUUGCCUAUGCCAAGUUGCAAGAGCGUGACGAGGUACUGUUCAGACGGCUGGCACUUGAAAUGCCACACAAACUGCCCCUGUUCGAUGGCCGUGACUUGCAGAUGGUCGCAAGGGCCUUCGCAAAGCUUUUGAUCCGCGAUGAUUUGCUCUUUGAUGACAUUGCCGAUGAGGUGAUUCGUCGGCCGCAAGAUUUAGAUCAUGCUUCGUUGCUGGUGAUUGCAAGCGCAUUUGCGCGGUUCAACAUCCGCACUCAACGCUUGUGGCCCGUGCUGGGUGAAUGGCUGCUGCAAUCACAUUUGGACUUCUCGGCACAGGACGUUGGAGCGGUGUUCAACGCCUUCAGUACCGUGGACUUUGAACACAAGGAACUGUUCCAAACCUUGUUGCUGAGCCUGUCGCAGGAGCCUCUGCUUUCUGAAGCCAGCCCCUCCACCUUGUGUCUUACCUUCAACGCAAUGGUGCGGCUGAAUUGGCCCAGGGGCCACGAGGCGAUGGAAGGUCUCAAUGUCUUGGUGGACAAAGUGAGCGGCAGGUUGGCUGACUUUGAUCCAGUGGGCUUGACACAACUGCUCCAUGCCUGUGCAAGGUUCAGACCAUUGCAAAAGAAGACUCAGCUGGUAGAGGGCAUCUUAGAGCAGUGCGGAGAGAAGAUCCAGGAGUUUCCGGCGCAGUCGUUAAGUCUACUGGUGAAUUCGUGUGCACGGCUUCAGCAAAAAGAUGUGAACCUCUUGACCAAAGUUGCCAAGAGUGCCGCGCCUUUGCUGCCGGAAUUCACCCCACAGGCCCUGGCAGUGACGGCCUAUGGCUUUGCAAAGUUGGAAGUGCGUUCAGAGAUUUUGUUCUAUUUGCUGGCUGAGCAGAUCGUUCAGAAGAUCCCGCUCUUCUCUGGUCAAGGCAUUGGGAUGGUGCUACAGGCCUAUGGCAAGCUACACAUCGACAAUAAGAGACUUGUGCAAACCUGUCGAAAGCAUUUGCGCAGCCUUUCAGAUGAGCUGACACUUUGGGAGGUCGAUGCCAUCGAGGAUGGUUUCAAGCAACUCGAUGCGCUCGAUAGUUGGACAGAGACGCUGCUGCUGAAUCUGCGGCGGCAACUCUCCACGGCCCAGGCCGAGAACUGGACAAUCAUGUGCUAA